UCCCACCCACAUCUCUUCCACAUCACCUUGGUGUCUCCCUAAAUAAAACCAGCCCUUCUUAUCACACCGAGGAAAUCAAGAGCUAGAGUUUGAACGGAUUUUUGUAUAAAUAUUUACCCCUACAAAGCUACUGCUGAGCUGGUGGGAUAAACUCGCAGCAGCUGGCCUGAGACUCGUUUACUCUCUCUCUCUCUCUCCUAAAAGGGUUUAAUUAUUAUCCAGAGGGGAGGGGAGAGAUCUGGAUCCCAGUUCCAGCUACAGACUGACCCAAAAAGCAGUGCCAGGAUUUCACUAGCUGCUCCUCAUGGAUCUGAAGGACAGCACCAGCGAGGGCAGCAUGGGGAGCAUGCAACCUUCCAGUAUCCAGAUUUUUGCCAACACCUCCACGCUCCAUGGGAUCCGUCACGUCUUUGUCUACGGGCCAGUGACCAUCCGACGCCUGCUCUGGACCUUGGCCUUCGUGGGCUCACUGGGGCUCCUCCUGGUUGAGAGCUCGGACCGAGUGGCUUUCUACUUCUCCUACCAGCAUGUGACCAAAGUGGACGAGGUAGUGGCCAACAGUCUGGUCUUCCCUGCUGUCACCAUCUGUAACCUCAAUGAGUUUCGCUUUUCCCGGCUCACCACCAAUGACCUGUACCAUGCUGGAGAGCUUCUGGCUCUGCUCGAUGUCAACCUGCAGAUCCCCAACCCUCACCUGGCUGACCCGUCUGUCUUGGCCAUCCUUCAAGAAAAGGCCAACUUUAACCAGUAUAAACCAAAAGUUUUCAACAUGCAGGAGUUCCUGGCGCGGGUUGGCCAUGACCUGAAGGAUAUGAUGCUGUACUGCAAAUUCAAAGGCCAAGAGUGCAACCAUGAGGACUUCAAAACUGUGUUUACAAAAUAUGGGAAAUGCUACAUGUUUAACUCAGGAGAAGAAGGACGGCCUCUUCUUACCACGGUCAAGGGUGGGACAGGCAAUGGACUGGAAAUCAUGCUAGAUAUACAGCAGGAUGAAUAUUUGCCAAUAUGGGGAGAAACAGAGGAGACGACGUUUGAGGCUGGAGUCAAGGUUCAGAUCCACAGCCAGUCUGAGCCACCGUUCGUCCAGGAGCUUGGGUUCGGGGUGGCCCCUGGCUUCCAGACCUUUGUGGCCACCCAGGAGCAAAGGCUGACGUACCUGCCUCCGCCGUGGGGUGAAUGUCGCUCGUCAGAGAUGGGCUUAGACUUCUUUCCUGUUUACAGCAUCACGGCUUGCAGGAUCGACUGCGAGACCCGGUAUAUUGUGGAAAACUGCAACUGCAAAAUGGUUCAUAUGCCAGGGGAUGCUCCCUUCUGUACCCCGGAGCAGUACAAGGAAUGCGCAGAGCCUGCACUCGGUUUGCUUGCUGAAAAGGACAGCAAUUACUGCAUCUGCAGGACACCCUGUAACCUGACCAGGUACAACAAAGAGCUCUCCAUGGUCAAGAUCCCCAGCAAGACUUCAGCCAAGUACCUGGAGAAGAAGUUUAACAAGUCAGAAAAAUAUAUCUCAGAGAAUAUUCUUGUGUUGGACAUAUUUUUUGAAGCACUCAACUAUGAGACAAUUGAGCAGAAGAAAGCCUAUGAAGUGGCAGCCUUACUUGGUGACAUUGGAGGCCAGAUGGGGCUAUUUAUCGGUGCUAGUAUCCUCACUAUACUAGAGCUCUUCGAUUAUAUAUAUGAGCUGAUCAAGGAGAAAUUAUUAGACCUACUCGGAAAGGAGGAAGAGGAAGGGAGCCAUGAUGAAAAUGUGAGCACUUGUGACCCCAUGCCAAAUCAUUCGGAAACCAUCAGCCACACUGUGAAUGUGCCGCUGCAGGCCACCCUGGGAACACUGGAGGAGAUCGCCUGCUGACACCGUCCGACCGCUCCACAGUGCCAACACCUGAGGAAGGGAAACUGCACGGGAAAGCAGGGACCGAGCUCAGGUUUGCAACGGGGGCAAAAAAAAAUGAUUAAAAAAAAAUAAGGAAGAAAAUCGCUAUGCAUUAAAAAUAUAUAUAUAUAUUAUAUAUAUACUCUGCCAAAACCAAGCGAGAGGCGCCUUGGACUUGACUUGUGUUGUCCUUUCCUGUGGGGGGGUUGUCUUCAAGAUGUGAAGGCAGCAGCUCAUUUUUGAACCGUACAAAACACAGAGACCACCACCACAAAAACAAACGAAGCCCCGCCAUUUCACAUACUGCCAAAUGUAUAAAGCACUUGCAUGCCAGUUCUUUUUAUGGCAAUAUAUUCCUAGCUGUCUUUAUAAGCUCUGUUCCUCUUUACAGUCUCUGAUUUUCACAACAAGAAGGAACUCGCGGGCCCAGCCAUCCCCUGAAAUCACCAUUACUAACGUCGUAGGCUGAAUUAGAAUAAAGAAACAAAAAGUCGCAGCUCUUGGAUUCUUCUUACGUUCUUGUCCUUCGUGUCAGUCUGUGAUGAAUCUUAAGCUAAGCCAGGUCCCCGAGGCCGGGCCACCUCAGCGCUACCAGUCACCCCAAGGUGAGCAUCCCUGGAGAGGGGCCAGACCGGGUGGCUCUUGGUGGAUCGUCCCCACCCCAGCUGCUGUGUCGUGCUCCUCCGUCUACAGUGCCUGGAAAGUCCGUCUCCAGCGGGUGGGCACAGGGCGGUGGGUUUCUUCAUUUUUUUUAAUUAUUAUUUUUAAUUUUUUAAUUUUUUUUUUUUUCUGUUAAUGGAUUCUGUGCUUUCUCCUCGUUCUCAUGACUGAUAUUAAAGCUGGUCUUGUGGAAAUGGCC